AUGUCAACCAAGGAAGUAUCAGCAAUUUAUAUCUUGAGGGAAGAGACAAAUGCAAUGGGAGCUGCACAAAUAAUGCUUGGCCUAAUCCACAGUGCACUGGGGAUUCUCUGGCUCUCUUUGUACCGUCUAGAAGAAAAGAAGCACAGUAUCGGUUUUAAGCUCAUGUUAACUAGCAUCUGUUACCUGUUUGCGUCUGGAACAUUGUUCAUCAGCUCAGGAGCCAGCAGUAUAACCCAGGGUAGUUCUUCAACAUGUCAGCGUAUGUUAGCAAUUAUAACAAACACCUUAAGUAUCUUCGUGACUCUAUUUGGUUCAAUGCUAUUUGGAUAUGAAUUUCCAAUUUUUGAAUCAAUAGGAAUUGACUACAUUUGGUCAAAUAUGGCUGGCAUGAUGCUUCUACAAAUUUCCGUCAUAUGUACCAUCUCAGAGCUGGUUGUUGCAAUCGUAGUGCUCCACUGGUUCAUAACAUCAAAUAUGAUUAGAAUGCCUUCAGCAGAACGUGAACCAAUUUUCUUUCAACUUUUCCUAGGUUCCUCCCAUACAGAACUACCUCCACCACCUUCAAAACCUCCAUCUGUACUUGAGGUGGAAAAUGUCUCUGAAGAAUCCCUUCCAAAGCAAAUAGAAGAUGAAGAAAAGCUAAUAGAAGCUGAAGAAGACUAA